AUGGCGGAGUCUCCUUACAACGCCUCGGACCUCAAUUCGGUCCUCCACACGCUGUCUAGCUUAACUGCGCCGGGCAGCACAUCUCGAAGCGCAUCUACUAGCCAGUCAGGAACCCCAGAUCCUCGACAGUCACGUCGGGAGCAGGCUCAUGUGCCGCGACAGUCGCAUACCAGCACGUCAAAUCAAACAUCCAGCACCCCGGCUGUCGACCCAUCAACUAUCACGACGUGGCCUGCAGCGCUUCGCUAUGUAAUGCGCACGGUCGGCCAGAAUGAAGAAACUCAGCUUCGUAUCCGCGGCCUGAUCCGCAGCCAGCAUAGCCAUGAGCGACAGUGGUGGAAGGGCCGCCAGGCCCUAUUAGAGAGACAACUAGCACGUGGAGACAAGAAAAAGGAACUAGACGCAGUAUUACUCUCCAUUGGCGCACCUAUUGACUCGAAAACGGUAUCGGAUGCAAAAGAAGAGCAAGCAGAACUUUCAAACUACGACGCGAAGGUAUACAAGGCCUCCGCGCAAAUGGCCGACGCCCUGAUGGCAGAGCUGCGUGGGAUGAAAAUACCCUUUUUUGUGCUCAAUAAAAACUUGAUCCAGGAGCCAGACACGUCUGAGAAUGCCCCAUCGAAGCAGAACACAAAUGGUUUGGUGGACCCUGGUCUAUCCAAAUUGACCAAUCCUGAACUAGCCGAUCUACAGCGCCGGAUGCUGGGACUACUGGAAGAUCUUUGCAAGGAGUGA